CGCUGGUUGAUGGCUGAUUGUUUCACGAAACAUGGCCGAAUAUUAUUCCGCUAAUGCAGUAAGUGAAAUUUGUGUGGCAAAAAAGUUUGCGCUGAGAUAAAUUUUCCAUAUUAAGCUAUAAAUCUGGGCACUCCUGUAUACCAGGGACUGAGAAAUGUCAUCGAUACACUUUGUCGUUCACCCAUUACCGGGCACCGACGAUCAGCUCAAUGAUAGGUUGAAAGAAGUUGCGGAAAAGAUAAAUAGGUAUGGAUUUGUGACGCCGCCAGCUCUUAGCGGGCUGAAAGGCUCCGUUAAGAGGAUAGUAGUUGGACCAACGCACAUAGCAUUGCUUAUGGAAGAUAACAGAAUCUGCAGAGUUGCAUUUACUGUACUUUCUGACAGAUUGGAUCUGAGCAAAAAUGAACCAAACAGAAACACCAACAAAAGCCAUGUGGGAAACAGCAGCUCUGCACCCAGCGGAAGCGGGGGUGGCGGAAGCGGUGGAAGAGCAGGUAUAUCGCGAUCUAGGGCAAGAAUGAUGCGAAAUAGUUCCGCAAUCAGAGGUGGUGGAAGUAACACUGGCGGAGGAGCAGGGAGAACGGGACCACCAGGUGUCAUCAUGGGAGGUGCGAGUGGCAGCAAUUCUCGGCCAAUAGUUUCUGUACCUGCACCUUUCGUACCUGAAGAUCUUAUAUCUCAGGCGCAAGUCGUCCUGCAGGGAAAAAGUCGCAAUCUCAUCAUCAGAGAGCUUCAGCGCACUAAUCUAGAUGUAAAUCUGGCUGUGAACAAUCUUCUGUCGCGUGACGACGAAGAAGGUGAUGACGCAGAGGAUGCUGCAGAUAGUUACGUUCCUGAAGAUUUAAUAUCCCUACUUGACGGCGGAUUUAGUAAUGAACAUUCCGUCAUCAUUGACGCCGACUCCAUGUUUUCAGAAGACAUGUUUGGAUACGCUGGGAUAAGGAGUCGAGGAAGCUCGUCUCGUAGACUCGGUGGCGACAGAGAUGGAGAACGUUCCGCAGAUAGAGACCGAGAUCGUGACAGUUUUAGUAGAUGGAGGGAUCGCCAGUAUUACGGUCCCCGCAGAUGGCUAGAAACAGCGCUGAAAGAUUCCUGGGAAAAAGAUCCAGAUAACAAAAAGAAGGAACUCGCUUCUCAGAGCCCGCUUUGGAUGUCUGAGGACUUGGAAUGGUGGCCAGAAAAGUUUGGCGAGCCUGCUCCUCGGUUUGUUCAAAUAGCUUCUUUGUACAGCGAGUUAAUUGCCAUCUCGUCAUCAGGGCAGCUCUUUCAAUGGCGGUGGGCAGACCCGGAGCCUUACAAACAUCCGGAGAACCCCAACGUUCACCAUCCAAAAAGUCUUCCGCUAGCUCUCUAUGGCGAAAAAAUAGUAAAUAUAUCUGCAACAGCUAUUCGGUGUUCAGUAAGUACUGAAAGUGGAAAAGUAGCAACUUGGCUAGACGAGCUUUUAGGCCAUGUCGCUUCUCGACUCGAACAUCCAGCUCAAGCUUUCACCGAGUUCACGUUGGACAGAAUAGUCUCUCUCCACACUUGUGCUCUCUAUACGGUCGCUAGACUUGAAAGCGGCGCUCUUUACUGGUGGGGCGUUCUACCUUUCGCGCAGCGAAAGAAACUCUGGGAAAAAUACAAGACGAAAUCAAGAAAGCACAGGCCUUCUACCGUCCUGUCAACCGACAUCAGUUACGGCAACCACGUCUGUAUGAAAAACAGCCCGAUUUACCAACCUGGAGCUAUCGGCUUCACAAUCGCCAACGGAGUUCCAAAGGUUGGUCAGCUUCUGUCUGCGGCUUGGAAUUUGGACGCUACUUAUCGCUUCAAAAUCCUACCAGCUGGGACUCUCCUUCCUACUAUUCCAGUUGAAAAACGUGAAACUACUUCAACGACUGCUGCCGUUGGACCCAGCAAGACAAAUCACAAAGAAACGGCAGAUCGUCUCGAUAUGCCUCCUCCACCUUCGCCGGCUUCUAGCACUUGCAGUGAUACUGGAAGCAUAACGACCAGCCACAAACGCCAGAAACGAAUGGCCCCUAGAGGAGACGGAGAAUCGGAGAGAAAAGAUGAAGAAGACUGGCAGUUGAAAGACGUGGUUUUUGUCGAAGACGUUAAAACUGUUCCUAUCGGAAAAGUCAUCAAGGUCGAUGGCUGUUACGUGGCGGUCAAAUUUUUCUCCAGGGACUCUAAGGAAAAGGAGAAAGAGACUAAAGAAAAAGACUUCAGUGCUUCAGAUUUCAAGGACUUGACUGCUGAAGAGCUCAUCAAACUACUCGCGGACUGCCGACUCCUCAGAAAAGACGAACUUCAGGUUAUGAAAUCCCCAUUGAACUCGAGAGCCCCAGAUUGUUUUCAGAGGACACCGCGGCGUGUAAAUCUCGUAGAAGUAGCAAAUGAAAAUUUGCUGACAAUCUCCACGGACGGACAAGGCAUCCACGCGAUACUCAAGAACGGAUCGAAGCUCAGUUACGUGGUUUAUAACCUUAGCACAGGUCGAUACGUUCAAGAUUGUUAUAUCCCAUCUGAUAUUUCCUCUUUCCUCGGGUUACACCCUCAAAGUAUCAGCCUCACCAGUGCCGGAGAGAACACCGAGUGUUCCAUGAUCCUUCGAGAUGGUAAUAACACGAUAUAUCCGAUAGCGAAGGAUUGCGCUGAGGCGAUAAGAGAUCCGAACUGGCUAGACCUUGUCCCUGUUCUGUGCAUUGGAGCUUCGACCAUUCCGAUACCUAGCUGCACAAACUCCUCCAACCUAAAGAAUCAAGUCGCAAUAAUCGCCCUAGUUUUUGACAAUCUUCUGCUCAUGCCUCGGAUACUGAGGUGUGAUUUCGACGGCGUGAAACAAGUGUUCGUUAACCUGGAGCAGGAACAAACGGACUCGAGAUUUUUCCACCGAGACGGAAUGUCCUCGCAAAUUCAAACAAUUCUCGCCGAGAGAUGCGACGGAAAUAGAAACAUACUUCACGCUUGCGUGAACAUGUGCUCACCGACUUCUAACAAAGAAAAUGAACAGGGCAUAGAGCGCGAACUCGUUGCGAAUGCAGUCGAUGGCAACACAGCGCCUAUCGAGGAACCAAUUCCUACAUUAAGCUGGCCUCCGGAAGCUUUUGACAAUACAUCCGGAGAAGAAGAUAGCUUGUUAAGUAUCGGGGCAGCGAGUAUAUCAAUGAUGAACAAAUCAGGUGGCGGGUCGACGUCAAAUAACACCUAUGUUGUGGACUCGGUAGAGCGUCGUAACAACGCAUUGCUGAUUUUAAAGUAUCUCUGCGAGAGCCCUUCGUUGGCUCCGCACUUGAAAGAAUUGCUCGUCGCCAGAGACGCGCAGGGCCAGACUCCCCUCAUGCUCGCGGUUUCCGUUCGUGCCUAUCACGCCGCUCUUAUUCUGUUAGAUACGAUACAGCGAGUCGGACGUGAUGGAAAAGAUUGCUCAACGAUGAUCCUGCCCCCAGACGCGAGUCCGGAUCUUUCGCCGCUGUUCGUUACCUGCUGUAACGAUACUUGCAGUUUCACUUGGACCGGAGCCGAACAUAUAAAUCAGGAUAUUUUCGAGUGUCGCACUUGCGGCUUAACUGGCUCUCUGUGCUGCUGUACGGAGUGCGCUCGAGUUUGUCACAGGGGCCACGAUUGCAAGCUCAAGAGAACGUCGCCAACGGCUUACUGCGAUUGUUGGGAAAAAUGCAAGUGCAGAGCACUCAUCGCAGGCCACCAGGGUGCUCGAUACGACCUCCUGUGCAGACUCGUAACAAAUACUGAUCUAGCGACCAAGAUAAACUUACGAGGCGAGAGUAUACUCUUAUUCCUCGUACAAACGGUUGGAAGACAAUCCGUAGAACAACGUCAGUACAGAUCAGCUCCUCGACAGCGUUCGACUUCUGCGAGUCGUAAAACGCCUUCGUCCGAUGUGUUUCUCUCAGGUUUGGGCGCCGAUUCUGACAUGCCCGAUCAUGAUCUGGAGCCCCCACGCUUCAGCAGACGAGCUUUGGAAAGACUUUUGAACGACUGGCCAGCCGUGCAGUGCAUGAUUAUGUCUGGAGUAUCGGAAAACCAAACUUCCGAUCAACUUUUUGGCGACCAAGGUCAAACUUGCAGACAGAGCGGAACUGCCCUGCUUGAUAAAUUCACCCAUUCUCUCCUCGUUAAAUGCAGCGCAGAGAUGCUAGACACUCUUCUGACGACGUUGAUCAGAGAAUUGCAAAAUGAAAGCGUCCCUGGAAGACAAGAAGAAGCGAACAACGUCGCGCGGAGAUUCGUGAGAUCAGUGGCCAGGAUUUUCGUAAUAUUUACAAUCGAAAUGGCACCGAAUACAACAAAACGGAGGAGUGCUAGUCAGGCGUCGCAACCCUUGAUGAAGUGUCGCAGAGUGUUUCAAGCUUUGAUCAAAUUGGCCGUUGAAGAACUGUGUGAAACUGCGGAUUCUCUUAUCGCGCCGGUCAGACUCGGAGUAGCUCGACCUACAGCACCGUUCACUCUCACCAGCUCUGCAAUCGAAGUAAUAAACGGAUCCGAGGAGCUCUUUUCCAUCGAACCACUCAUUCCGCACAGUGGAGUUAGCACCCAAACUCUCGACAGUGCGCUUCAAUCGCAACAAGGAAAUAACAACAUCGCAAUCGCCAGAGAUGCCUCUGCGUUGGAUGAAACCGAGGGUGGAGAAGAAGUCCCAAUGGACUUAGAUGGAGACAUAAGCGAGCAUGAAGAGUCCGGAGUUCCGGGGGCAAACGUCAGUCAGCCUCUCGGAGAGGUCGACAGCAACGUCGGUGGAGUUAGCGAAGAGCAAGCUGGAGACGGGGAAUCUGACACGGAGCUUGAUCUUCUCGCGGAAGUCGAGACGGAAUCCGACUCGGACGACAAUCACAGCAAUCAAGAUGCAGCCUCCGCCCAGCGCAGCGUUCAGACUGGAGCUACCGCUGGUUCAGACGGAGGAAUGGGAUCCAUUUUAAUGUUCCCCGAAGACGAGUCUGGCGAGUCUAGUCAACAGGAAGAUGACGAAAGCGAAGCUGGUGAGACCGACGAACAAGAUAACGAAGAAUUCCAAAUUGGAGAUGAGCAGCUGGAGCGGAGAAGAUAUGCAAUUGUUCGUUGCAGUGGAACCACUGGGCAUCCCCAUCGGAACAAUCUAGCUCCAGUUUCGAUGCAGUGGGCAAUAAGGAACAGGGAAUCCAGCACACGUACCGCUGGACUGAGGGUUACAGGUGGUAGCAAUUUGGUCUUCAUCGAUCCCUCUUCGCUCAGACGAUCUACGACCACUUCUGCAGUCACCGCUGCACAAGAACCUAUCACUAUGGGAACAACUGCGAGCUGUCUCGCCCGAGCCUUUGGAAUUGUGAUCAGGCAAAUAGCCGACCUAUUAACCAUGAUGCAAGAUUACAAAACUCACGCACCUGCGCUGCCAAGACUGAUGGAAAUAUCUUAUCAAGACGCCAGCGGACUCCAGCUUUAUUUAGAGGGGCAUUUGAAGCCGACUUGGGAUUGGUUGGUGACUGUGAUGGAUGCUACGGAGGCGCAGCUUAGAUUCGGCGUUUCUUUGACGCGAAGUGCGGAUCCGGCACACCCGGAACAUCCGCUGAACAUCGCGCCCUCGCUUGCCGGAGGAAACUUUACCGGGCUACUCAACUCCGCCGCACUUUCCCUCACCCUGCAAAGCAACUCCGCUAGAAAUCAGCGGAGCGGAACGACCACAACUUUGAACAACGCGGCUGCCCACGGAUCCACUAGAAUCAAUGUCGGAUUCACCGGUGUCGGGGAACCACCCAGAAGCAAUCGAGACAGAGAAGGGGGCGACGCGCACUCUGCAAGACGAGAAUUUUUGUCCUACUGUUUAUCGCUUAUGCGAGCACACAAUGGAGAGCAUAGAGACAGUCUACCGGUACUCGAUGUCUCAGCUCUGAGGCACGUUGCUUAUGUCUUCGAUGCCCUAGUUUAUUACAUGCGAUCAGGUUCCGAGCCACCAUCCACCAGAGGCGAGAACCAAAAAGAAUCAGUCUCGUUUUCUGCUUGGAACGAUCAGGACGAAAAUGACAACGAAGAAGCGGAGGACGGAAACUCGACCGCUUCGACGGUGAUGGAAACGGACUCCGUAGAUUACCCUGACUUACUUCAAGUCCCUAUGUGCGUUACUCCCAACAAUGGGAACUCGGUGGCUAAGGGAAGAAAGCACCCGUUCCUCCAGAGAUCGGACUCGACUUUGUGCCUCGGUUGUCCACCUCUAGAUCCCUUUGACACGGUAAUGAGCGAGGCUCUGCCACUGGCUGAUCAGCCGCAUUUAUUGCAGCCACAUUCAAGGCGCGAAGACCUAUUCGGUGUUCCAAGACAACCUUCGAACGUCAACGCCAAUUCGACGAGCCAAAACCCGCUCGAAGGACUGCCCACCAGGCUCGGACUGUCCGCCAGACUCGCCGACAAUUCCGCUACCUCGGUAACGCCAUCUUUCAGUCAAGUCAUUCAGGGACCCAGCGCUCCCGUGCCUCCUCCAGAGAAUAAUCGACGAGGUGCAAGCGGACCCAACGAGCCAGGACCUAGUAAAACAGAGGAAAAACCCAAGGGCUUUGUUCAGCCAUCGGACAACCAGUUGCCCAUCAUAACCGAACAAGUGGACCGAGCACCUAUUAUCGUCUCACCCAACAGCCAGGGAGAAAUUACAGCCGGGAACAGCAAGGGAAAAGACAUCUGCAAGAGCGGACGUAGCGUGAUAGUGAGGGCAGGCACUGUUUCGGAAUCAAGUGUAAAUAAAAUUGGUGCACCGGAGGUGCUGGUCGUGCCAAACGUGGAGGCGCAGAGUGUUUCGGAAGAAGUUGACCCUGCGGCAUCGACUCAGGAGAUAUCUGCCCACGAAACCGUCGAAACGAGCCCCGUUGAGUCUUCGAGAGCGUUAUCGUCGAUCGGUUCAAACAUUUCGCACAACAUUUUGCUCGGUCGAUGGAGACUGUCGCUCGAUUUGUUCGGAAGAGUGUUCAUGGAGGACGUCGGACUGGAGGUUGGCUCCGUCGUGUCCGAACUUGGAGGAUUCCCGGUGAAAGAAGCUAAGUUCCGCAGAGACAUGGAGAAGCUCAGAAACUCGCAGCAGAAGGACAUCACACUUUCGAAAGUCGAACGCGAUCGGACGCAGCUUUUGAUACAAACGAUGAAGGAACUCAACACGCAAUAUAAUUUGUACAACAGACGAGCUUCCAACACCCCUCCCUUGGCCGUCAACCGAGUCAAAGUAACCUUCAAAGACGAACCUGGCGAGGGAUCCGGUGUCGCCAGAAGUUUCUACACAGCCAUUGCAGAGGCGCUUCUGGCGAACGAAAAACUGCCAAAUUUGGAAGCUGCGCAAGUGGGAUCCAAGUACACGCAGUACAACGUUCUACAGAAGUUGAAAAGCAGGGAUCGAGAUCGGGACUUGAGGCGACAGAACCCGCGAUCUUCUGGAAAAUGUCGCGAGAGCGCGCGCAGAGCUUUGUCAUUCGAAGCUCGAUCUUUUCACCCGACCGCAUCCACCGAAGGGCCGAGCGGUUCCAACUCCGGUACUUCUUCGUCAAACACUCAUCCGCUUCCCGUGAGCCACCCGAGCAACGACAAUUUGACAUUGCACCAGCAGCAGCUGGGCGACAGACUUUAUCCUAAGGUUCACGCGCUGCGCCCCACGCUGGCGGGUAAGAUAACCGGCAUGUUGUUGGAAUUGUCACCGGCUCAGUUGCUGAUGCUCUUGGCUUCGGAGGACGCUCUGCGACAGAAAGUCGAGGAAGCGUUCGAGCUGAUUCAUAGCCACAUCCAGGACUUGGCCAGCGAAGCUUUGCUCGAUCUGGAUGUGUUCAGUUUGACGGAAAGGUGCGCCGGAAAUAAGAAGAAACUGGAAGCCAGCAUAUUGGACGACAUAGAAGACAACGCUCCGCUGUUUUACUCGCCUGGAAAACGAGGUUUCUACACGCCCAGGCAAGGCAGGGCGAGCUACGAGAGAUUGAACGCUUUCAGGAACGUCGGAAGAUUAAUAGGUCUCUGUUUACUGCAGAACGAAUUGUGCCCGAUUUUCCUUAAUCGUCACGUGAUAAAGUACAUUCUAUCCCGGCCGAUAAGAUUCCACGAUUUAGCAUUCUUCGAUUCGGUCAUCUACGAGAGUUUGAGACAGCUCGUUGUCGACGCCGAGACCAAAGACAGCAACAGUUUAUUCUCCGAAUUGGAUCUGAACUUCAGCAUCGACUUGUGUCCGGAGGAGGGCGUGGGCUCUCUGGAGCUGAUACCUAACGGUCGCGAGGUCGAAGUGUCAGCUACUAACGUUUACGAUUACGUUCGAAAAUACGCCGAAGUUAGAAUGGUCAAAGUGCAAGAGAAGGCUCUGGAGGCGAUGCGCGAAGGUGUGUUCGACGUCCUGCCGGAAGGAGCACUGGACGGUUUGACGUCCGAAGACUUGAGACUACUGCUGAACGGAGUGGGUGAUAUAAACGUGUCUGUCCUAAUUUCCUACACAUCGUUUAACGACGAGUCGGGUGAGUCCACCGAACGACUCGUUAAAUUCAAAAGAUGGCUUUGGUCGAUCGUCGAAAAAAUGUCGCACGUCGAACGACAAGAUUUGGUUUACUUCUGGACCGGAUCUCCGGCUUUGCCAGCGAGCGAGGACGGUUUUCAGCCGAUGCCAAGUGUGACGAUCCGGCCAGCAGACGACGCUCAUUUACCAACAGCGAACACGUGUAUCUCGCGUUUAUACGUUCCCUUGUAUAGCUCUCGUCACGUUUUACGCCACAAGGUAUUACUUGCCAUAAAAACGAAAAAUUUCGGAUUUGUAUGAAGACUAAAGCCGCAUUAAUUUUGCGGCCGCUUUAUUAUCAGACGACCUUCGACUCUAAACCGUCGUCGAACGUUACACAUGGAAAACCUUUUUAGGCAAACAUCAAAAAAACAACAACAACAACAACAAAGUCACACAUACGAUUACGAGUACGAUUAUUAAUUAUGAUUAAUUAAUGAUAAUAAUAUUGAUAAUAUUAUAUAUUAAUAACAAUAAAAUUAAAAAGAAACAAAAA